CUAAAGGAAAUGGCCAAAGGGUGAAUAGAUGAAGAUAAGAGAAGCUGUGCCGGACUCAAGCGACAAAGUGGAGAUUAGCCUCUUCCCCCCGCCGUCGUCACAAGGAUGGGACCCAGACGGAAAAGUGUGAAGCCGUGCUCUGUGAGCAAGGAGAUUUCUGAGGCCGCAAAGUUAGAUGAACCAAAAGAUUACAUGAAUCAGCUUUCCCAUGAAGUACUGUGCCAUAUCUUUAGGUACCUCCCUCUGCAGGAUAUCAUGUGCAUGGAAUGCCUCUCACGGAAGCUGAAGGAGGCAGUGACUCUGUACUUGAGAGUCGUGAAGAUUGUUGACCUGUGUGCGGGUCACUGGUGGGAAUAUAUGCCGACAGGCUUCACAGAUUCCAGUUUCCUAACCCUGCUGAGGAAGAUGCCAGAUAUCGAGCAGCUGUAUGGCCUUCAUCCCAGAUACCUUGAGAGACGACGGGUCCGUGGCCACCAAGCCUUUAGCAUCCCUGGAGUCCUGGAAGCCCUGCAGGCAUGUCCUAACUUGCUGGGUGUCGAAACCUCACAUUUGGAGCUGGUGGAAGCCAUUUGGACGUACAUGCCUCAAGUGCACAUUUUGGGGAAGUUUCGAAAUCGUAAUGGGGCUUUUCCAAUCCCCCCUGAAAACAAGCUAAAAAUUCCCAUAGGUGCUAAGAUCCAAACUUUGCAUCUAGUGGGUGUGAACGUUCCCGAAAUUCCUUGUAUCCCAAUGCUGAGGCACCUUUAUUUGAAGUGGGUGAGACUCACCAAACCGCAGCCUUUUAAAGAUUUUCUUUGCAUCAGCUUACGUACUUUCGUCAUGAGGAACUGCGCAGGACCCACAAACUCGUUAAAGUACGUCCCAUUGGUGACAGGAUUAGCCUCCGCCCGAAACUUGGAGCAUUUAGAAUUGGUUCGAGUUCCCUUCCUGGGAGGGCUAAUCCAGCAUGUAGUUGAAGACAGCUGGAGAUCAGGUGGUUUUAGGAAUUUGCACACUAUUGUUUUAGGAGCAUGCAAGAAUGCUCUUGAAGUAGAUCUUGGCUACCUCAUCAUCACUGCUGCUCGAAGGUUACAUGAAGUGCGAAUACAACCUUCCCUAACCAAAGAUGGUGUUUUUUCUGCCUUGAAGAUGGCAGAAUUGGAGUUCCCACAGUUUGAAACCCUUCACCUGGGCUAUGUAGAUGAGUUUUUGCUACAGUGCAAAAUGGCUAACGCAGAUCUGGUAAAAUACGGUCUGGCUGAUGUGGUCGAAAACCCGGGUAUCAUCACUGAUAUCGGAAUGAAGGCUGUCAAUGAAGUCUUCUCCUGCAUCAAGUAUCUGGUCAUUUACAACUGCCCACAUCUUCACAAUCCAAAUAAUUGGAUUACAGACCACUCGAGAUGGUCCCGGUUGGUUGACCUCACUUUGGUACGGUGCCACGCAGUCAAACUAGAUUCCUUCAGCCAGUUCAUCGAAUUGCUGCCAAGCCUGGAGUUUAUCUCUCUGGACCAGAUGUUCCGGGAACCACCGAAAGGCUGUGCCCGGGUGGGUCUGAGUGCAGGCACGGGGAUUGGUGUUUCAUCAGCCCUUGUCAGCAAUCAGAACUCCAACAAUGACAAUGACAACAACCACCACCAGAACAACAACAAUCCUAACAUCCAUCCCAACAACCACCAGCAUCCAAAUGACCCGAAUGAGGAGAAUGAGAUGCGGCAGGAUGGACCGGCUGAGGAGCAGCAGAUUGCAGCCGAGGCAUUGAAUGAGAUGGAAGAAGUGGCCCAGGAAGAUGGCGAGGGCGUGGCAGAGAUUGGUAAUGAAGUUCCCACCCAUAGCCAGGCAGUUAUUCCCAUGGAUGUUGAUGAAGAACAAGCAGGACCGAGUGGCCUUCAACCUGUUGUUAAAACUGCCCCGAUUACUGUCCAUGAUUCAGACAGUGAAGAUGAGGAAGAGUGCGUGGAGGCCCCUGGAACCUGUAUUACCAACAGCAAUGCUGCAAGUUACUCUGACGGAGAAGAGAAACUCAGAGGACCAGUAGACACGAGGGAACUGUCAGUGAGUGGCAAAGGCAAAACUCCCCUGCGGAAGAGAUGCAGUUCCACUCAGGUGGGCCAGUUGAAGCAGUUCCCCACUGAGGAGAGCAGUUGCGAGAAGGGCUGUCAAGUCACCAGCGAGCAGAUAAAAGCCGACAUGAAAGCUGCCAACGAUAUGCCUGAAAGGAACAAAACUAAGGAGGUUUACCCCAGCUGCGGCAGCUCGACGAGCUCUGUGGGAAACUCCAACUCGUGCGGUGCCGCUCCUCAAAGCCCCGACUUGGUAAGGACCGCAGAGAGCAGUGCCAACGAGCCCAGGCCCGCAGCGGGGGCGUCCGGCCAGUGCGUCUGCCCCCUCACAGACGGCCCGGCCGCCGGGAACGAGAGAGGCGACCAAGUGAGGCGCGUCGUCCCCCACUGCCCCCGCGGUCCCUCUCGGGAAUCCCCGAGGAGAGCCGGCCGGACUUCCGACGAGGAGCGCCCUUCCACCAGCGGAGCCUGGGGGGUGAACGGUCCGGUCGGCGCGGGGUCCGAGCUGUCCCUGAGGACUCUGCCGCACUGUGAGGCCUCGGGCGUCACGGACGAGGAGAGGACGGGCGGGAGUGGCUGUGGGCCUGCGGGAGAGGAGGAGCCGACAGCGAGCUCUCCCACUGACAGCUGGGAAGUGGACUACGGCGACGACUUUCCCCGUAGGCCGCUAACCAGGGCCAGAAGCAAACUUUCCCACGUUCCCCUGGUGUCUGAAUCAGAGGUUAGCAAGCCAAAACCACGCCACAUACUGAAGCGGAAACGGACAGCCGACAAGUCCACCAGCACCAGCGAUCCCGUCAUUGAGGAUGACCAUGUGCAGGUUCUCAUCUUGAAAUCCAAAAAUCUCGUGGGGAUCACACUGACCAACUGCGGUAUAACAGACCUAGUACUGAAAGAUUGCCCCAAGAUGAUGUUCAUUCACGCUACACGAUGUCGCGUGUUGAAGCACUUAAAAGUAGAGAAUGCUCCGAUUGUAAAUCGAUUUGACUAUGCUCAGUGCAAGAAGUUAAAUAUGGAUCAAGUGCUAGAUCAGAUUUUGAGGAUGCCGCCCGAGAGGAACCGGAUCAUAUACCUUCGUCCAAUGCAGCAGGUCGAUACCCUGACUUUGGAGCAGAAGAUAUUUAGUGGCCCCUAUCCUUAUCACAUCUGCAUAAUCCACGAAUUCAGCAACCCUCCCAAUGUCCGGAACAAGGUGCGCAUUCGCAGCUGGAUGGACACAAUAGCAAACAUUAAUCAAGAGCUCAUAAAGUACGAGUUCUUCCCUGAAGCCACACGGAGUGAGGGAGACCUGAAAAAGUAUACCAAGUACCCUUGGGGAAGAGAUAUUUAUACAUUAGAAGGUGUGGUGGAUGGAGCCCCCUAUUCCAUGAUCACGGAUUUUCCCUGGCUGAGAUCACUGCGGACAGCAGAACCCAACAGCUACGCGAGAUACGAUUUUGAGGAUGAUGAGAGAACCACUAUCUACGCUCCGCGGCGGAAAGGACAGCUGUCUGCCGACAUCUGCAUGGAGACGAUAGGCGAGGAGAUCUCAGAGUUGCGUCAGAUGAAGAAAGGCGUGUUCCAGCGAGUGGUGGCUAUCUUCAUCCACUACUGCGACGUCAACGGGGAGCCCGUGGAGGAUGACUACAUCUGAUCGGGUCUUUCGGUUGGACUGCCAGUCCCGCCCUCGCUCUCCAGUUGUCCCCUCUGACAGCAAACAGGCAAGGACCCGUCAGCUCCCUUCGUGCACUGCAAAGUCGGGGGCCGCGCCAGGCCCUGGCUCGCUUCGGUGUAGAGUAUGUAGUAAAUGUAUAAGGAACCUGAAAAUUGUAUACAAAGAUUUGUACAUAGCGGAAAUAUACAAAAAAAAAAAAGAGAGAGAGAGAGAAGCUUCCUGAAGCUGAGACUUUAUAUCAUAUGUUUAUACAGUUUAAUUUAAAAAUCCAUUUUAAUGAAGGCAGGUAAUUUGGAAGCGUGGAAGCGAUUCUUUGUGUUUCUCGGCUCAUCGAGUUCAGAACCUUUCUUUGUGUUUGGUACCAAACGAAGUCCCAUUGGCUGUGUUCAGAGAACCAUCGGCGUCUCCUGAAAUCUGUGCCUUUUUCUUCUUGAGCAUCUGAGUCCAGUUCGAGUAAAUUUGUUGAACACAGUUUGUGUCUUGUGUGUAAUUUUUUUAAAAAGAAAUGCCAACUAAGGGAUGCUGCAAAAUAAAACAACAGAAUCUGAGAGGAUAGAACAAUGUGUCUUCUGUACAAAAUUGUAAUUACUAUUUUUUUUAACAAGCAUAACAAUUUCCACAUUUCUUAAAAUUAAGACAAAAAGCUUAUGGAUGGAAAUUCCAUGGGUUUGGAAAAAAAAAUGAAUUCCAAAGCAUUUUCUAGUUAUUUAUUUCCACAUUCAAUGGUGUAUCUGUUUUAUCUUGGAAUAUGAAA